UUCCCUACAGGGCAGGAGCCAGGCUUCUAGAAGGAACAGAGACUUUAAGACUUUCCUUUCAGAUCAAAGAGGAUCGUCAGCUUGAUACUCAAUGGGCAUGUUCCAAGUUCUAGAGGGGCCGUAACUGGGGGGAGCUCCUGACUCCAAAACCCCACCCAACUCCCUCCUAGGGAGAGAGCUGUCAACCUCCAAAACCCACCCGGGGAACGAGGGAGGUCGAGGCCAAAUCUUGGCCAAUUUCUGCACAUCUUGCAAUUCAAUCUGGAGCCCCUUUGCUGUCUUUCCUUCUCCUGAACCUACUCUCAAUGUUGACAGCACUGUGCGAUUUCUGUAUUUGCCAGAGUCUUCUCGUGGGAGGUGGGCUCCGGGCCCUCUCGGAAACCCUCCGGAGACCGUGGGGAUGAGGCAGCGCUCAGCCAGAGAAGUCCUGGAGCCCAGGACCAGCGCUUCAAGUGCACCGAGCGGGAGGCAGGGGCGCAGGGAGGGAGGCUCUGGACCGGCCGCCUCUGCCGACUAUGGCCCCGGUGCAGGUCAAGGCUUGGGCCUGGGGAUUUCCUUUCAAAGGUGACUUAGAACAGCUUCAUUAGGGUAGCGCCCUCCCAGGAGGGCCCUAAUGGCGUGUUUGGCAGAGUCAGCGAAACGCGGCGCCCUGCAGCUCCAGCGGCGGGGGAGCGCCCUCUCCCGCGCCCUCGCCCUCUCCCGUGUGGGGCAGCUGCGCGCACGGGGCCAUUUGCAGCGCAAGCAGCCUAGUGUGCGGCCGCGGCGCCCAGGUCGGAAGGGAGGCGGCAUCAUGGAGCUGAAGAAGGACAUCAACGCCGUAUCUAUCGACAUGCUGCUGAUCGUGCACUCGGAGAAGCGGCGCGCCGCACAGGGUACGCACUCAGACCAGCAGGCGGACCCGAGCGCGCUGCUGCAGCGCCGAGGAGGAUUCCAAGGCAUUGGAAAUGGAGUCCGAAGAUGGCAGAAAUUAGAAGGAAAUGACCUUCACGAAAACUUGGUGGAGAAGCAGCACCCUCAGCAGCCCCAGGUGAUCACUUCCUACAACAGCCAAGGGACACAACUGACUGUGGAAGUCCACCCUCGAGAUGCCAUGCCCCAGCUACUCAAGAAGUUCUCCUUGGCUAAACGUUUACAAGGUGAUAAAAAUGGAAACACAAGACCCCGGCAACCUGGAGGGAAAGAUGCCCAUGCCUACCCUUGGGAUCGAUCCAGCCUGAAAUCCAUGUCCCUGGACCUGCGGCAGUUUGAGAAACUGGAUCUCCACGCCUCACAGGUGACAGCCAAGAGUGGCCUAGACGAACUGGUGAGUGACCUGCUCCAGGAGGCCCAUACUGACUUGGAAAGGGUCCGUGCCAUCUGGAUCUGGAUCUGCCAUCACAUAGAGUACGACAUUGCAGCUGCUCAGGAGAAGGACCGCCAAGCCUUCAAACCCACUGACAUCCUGCGGACCCAGAAGACCAACUGUGACGGCUACGCUGGCCUCUUUGAGAGAAUGUGCAGGAUCGCCGGAGUGCAGUGUAUGACCGUGCCUGGCUACUCCAAGGGCUUCGGCUACCAGACAGGGCAGAGUUUCUCGGGGGAGUUUGACCAUGCCUGGAAUGCUGUGUACCUGGAGGGAAGAUGGCACCUGGUGGACAGCACCUGGGGCAGCGGCCUGGUGGAUACCACCACCUCCAAAUUCACCUUCCUCUACAAUGAGUUCUACUUCCUCACCCAUCCUGCACUGUUCAUCGAGGACCACUUCCCAGACAACAAGAACUGGCAGCUGCUAAAACCUCCUCAAUCUCUGAGGCAGUUUGAGAACAACAUGUAUCACAAGAGUGAAUUCUACAACAAAGGGAUGCUGAGUGCCCACCCGGAGACUUCCAUGAUCAGAACAGUGAACGGGAAGGCCACGGUCACCAUUGAGAGCUGCGCCCCAACACUGUUCAUGUUCAUGCUCAACGGCAAGCAAGAGCAUGGGCUGCUGAGCCUCAGGAAGAAUGGGAUGAAGUUGGAGGUGUACCCUCCAACCAUGGGCACUCACAAGCUGCAGAUCUUUGCCAAGGGCAACUCCGACAUCUACAGCUCAGUGCUGGAGUACACGCUCAAGUGCAAUUAUGUGGACAUGGGUGUCCGGCUGCCUGCUGAGCUUCACCAGCCCGUGGGCCCCAGCUGGUUCUCAGAGCAGAUGGGCAUCAUGAAGCCCUCCCACCCUGACCCUAUCAUCCACACCAGCGAUGGGCGCUGCUCCAUCAGCUUCAGCGUAGAGGAGGGCAUUAACGUCCUGGCUUCCCUCCAUGGGGAUGAUGGCCCCAUCACUGAGGAGACACAGCGGCGCUACAUCUUCCAGCUGCACUGGGAGAAGCGGACCGAGCUGAAAGUCCAGCUGCCCCAUGCCGGCAAGUUUGCCCUCAAGAUCUUUGUCAAGAAGAGGCAGGAACCAGGAAACUACAUCUUCGUCUUUAAUUACCUCCUAUGCUGUGCCAACACCAAGGUGAACUGGCCCAUGUUCCCUGAGAGCUUUGGCAACUGGGGGCAGGACAAUGAGCUGCUGGAGCCUCUGUCGGGUGUGCUUCCUGCCAACCGGAACAUCCCAUUCAAAUUGAAGCUGCAUGGUAUUGCCAAAGUCCUGGUAAAGGGGCAGGACACAUGGCCCCUGACCCUGAACCACGAGGGCUACUGGGAGGGCAGCUGCAGCACAGCUGGCUGCCAGGAAGUCUAUGUCAUGGUGCUGGAGAAUGCCAACCACAACUUCUACUCCUACAUCCUGAAAUACAAGGUGAAUGCCCAGUGAGGCCUGUGCCCCAGUCUUACCCUCCCAAAGGGCCAAGCCAGACCUCCCCAGGGAGGGCUCAAGGGAAGUGCAGGGAGCCCUGGACACCACUGAGUCUGCAUGAAAUCCCUUCUAGGCCUCUGCCUCAGUGUCCCUCCUCUGAAACAGGAGCUGUGAUCUUUGUGUUCCAAAGGCUUCACUCAGGUGUGGCUGUGACUGAGGGGACAGAAGCAGUGGCUCUUUAGAAGAAAAAGGUGCUAUGUAAAUCUAAGGUAUUGUAAACUGUACACCUGCAUCCAGAUGCCCCUUCUCGUGUUAGUGCUGCUGUUGUUGUUGUUGUUGUAGGGCUGAUGUGGGAAAGCAGGGAUAUUGCCCAGGUUGACAGCUUUUCACAUGAUGCUUAGAGAAUUCUCUUCCGUGCCCAAGGGGACAUGAUUUGCAAGGCUGAGUUGUCCUUGAAUCACAGAGCCCCUUUCAAGCAACAUCACCAUGCCUCUCGACAGCUCCAGGCCCCCAGGGAAUCUUGGACUAUCUUCUCCUCCCAGACCUGAUCAUCUUCCGCAUCCUGCUGCUUCUUCAUUAGCUACUUCUUGUUCUUCGAGAGCCCUAGUAAAAGGGUGUGGUGAGGAAUCUAGCUGACCCACAACUGGCUGGAAGCUGAUUAUCUCCACCAUCCCUAAGUAUAGUCAGGAAUGUGACAACCAGAAAGUUGUGAGGAGACUCCAAAGCAAAGAGCAGCCCAUGCCCGCUGUGGCUGUGCAGGUGGGAGGGACACUGUCGGCAGAGCUGCAGCCUGUGUCUGAGGGUGUAAGACCUCCAGCUCUGCUCUGAGAGGAGUGCACAGGGUAGUUAGUUCAGUCUAAGGCCUGGAGUGCCCUCCAGGCCCUCGCAGAGCCUGGGUCUCAGGCCCCUGCCCCGCCUCCACAGGGAGCCUCCAGAGGCUGGCCAGGCCCUUGGGGAGCCUUGCAGAUAGCCGUGAAUAAGGACCUGGCCGCAGAUCAGGUGAGUAGUGCAGUGCGGCAAUGCCGAGGAGACUCACACCUUAACAGGGCUCUGCCUGCCCCCAGCAUCUCUACCAGCAAAGCCAGGGCUGGGAAGACUUCCAGCUGCACGGGAGCAGCUUUUGUGCCUGUCUCAGAGCAAACGUCCCAUCCCAUCUCCUUUCCUCCCUUCUCUGAGAAGAUACCCACCUCCAGUCUCACCUUGCAUGGGGACAGCUCAGGGCCCCUUGCUUGCUCAGGCCAGACUGAGAGGCCUCGGCUGCCCAGCUGGCCCUCAGCAGCGCCUCAGGCUGCCGUUGCCAUGGCAACGGAGGAAAGGCUGGCUUCAGCGAGGGCACAUGAGAGGGAAAGGCGAGAGAGGCCCCGCAUGGCUACUGCAGAACCAUCCUGGCACACAGACACACUCCCUGCCGAACUCCUGGAUUCUCCAGCUCCAUGGCCCCUGGCUGUCCCAGUGCCCCCCACCCCUGAGAGCCAGCACUGCCUGGUACCUCUCCCCACUGCCCCUCCUCAGGCCUCCAGGCUCAGCCACAGCCAGGGCCAGCUGGGACCCUCACAGCUUCCUCCAUGGCAUUCACCCUCACAUCCCUGUAUCCAACAAAUGUCCAUGGGGUGCUUUGGUAAGUGCCAGAUGCUUGGGCUACAGAGGUGAACAAAGGGGGCCUGGCCAUCCAGAGCACAGGGUGAGGAAACUGCCAGGUGGCAGCAGCCUCCCUUGCCCAGGUCCUGACUGAAGAUCCAGGCUCCGGACACUUCUGUUCAUUAUCCCACGGGAUCCCUCCCCUAAAAGUCCCCACUGCCACCCAGCAGGGUGGCCUAGCCCAGAGCCAGCUCACAAAGGUGCCCAUCAUCCAACAGACCGGGGGCAUCGAGCACAAGGGGUGUCGCCCCUGGGGGACUGAACUGUCCUGGGCUGGUCCUGCACCCUCCGCAGUCUCUGCCACCGAGGCCACCCAGCCAGCCUCGUGUCACUUACACCUGAAAAAUGCACAAAGGCCCCGGAGGCAUAACAGCUAUGCACCACCACAGGGAAACAAGGGGAGUUUUACACCCUGAAAACAGCCUUCUUGCACACCUCUGAUUUUAUGGGCUGAAAGAAAUGUGUUUGUUUCAUCAAAAUAAUAAGUGCCUUGGAUGACGCAUGUCACUCACUGGACCCCGCGCUGGCUGUCUCGCCUAGUCCUGCUGGAGACCCCAUACCUUUUCGAUAUGUAAUAUAAUUAAUCAAUACAUCCUGGAGCAUGCAGAGAAUGCCACCCAGCAAAAUAGGAGCUGUCCCCAGCACCAGAGAGGGAGGCCCCGCCUCUCAAAGCACCGCAGGGCAUCGGCAAGCCCCUCCCUCUCAUUUAACCAAGCACCCCCUUGGUAAAGACAGCUGUAGGCGCAGUCAGAAAAUCACCUGCAUUUCUUUCCACUGAAGUAAAAAUACAUGAAAUGAAAUCUAAUCUUCAUGAAUUUUUACACGCAUGCUGCUCAGGGUAGACAUUCGGAGUUGCAUUUUGAAGGCUUUUCUCCAAAUCCCCAUCUUUGUUUCCCGGGCGACGAGUCCCAGUCGCCGGCGGAAUGGCACGGGCGCCCCCAGGUGUCCGAAGUGCGGAGCUGCCGGCUUUGUACGCCGCGAGGCCGCUCUAUCACCCGGCUUUUUACGCAGAACUUGAAAAUGCUGUGGAAAUGUUUAUGUUAAAAUCACUAGGUGCUUUCUCGUGGCUUCUCAGCGCUUCCUCAUGGGUACACGGAGGACAUCUUUGUCACGCACAAGCUGUGAAGGCAUCCUGGGGGCAACCUGGUGUGUUGAAAAGACAAGGGAUGUGAUGGGACAGUUGUGCCUGGAAAUCACUUCUUGAAACAGAAGCACUGGACGUAGGACUGGAUGGAACAGCUGUGACUACACUCAUUACUAUACCAAUGAAGGAUUGGAACCGAUCAAACUCAGAGGGUAUCUGCUUGCAAUUCUCGGGAUGGCAGCCCCCAGGCCACAGGGCAGAAGGGAACCGAGGGUGGAGGAGUGGUGGGCAGAGGCACUACCACCAUGACUGCAGUUCACUUCUCUCCAGCUUGUUUCAGAAGUGCCACCAGCUCAGCUGGACUCCAUUUUCAAUCCGAUUAUGAUCAUUGUGAGUUCCCCAUAUGUUACAUUGUCCUACCAGGACAGCCUCCUCACUGCCUGCUGAGAUUAAAAGGAAAUAAAUAGACUAACUGAAGCAUGAAGGAUUUCGGCUAGACAUAAAGAACUAUUUCCUGUUGUUAAGCAGGAGGGACGAGUUGCCAAGAAAGUUUGUGAAAUCCUCUUCUCAAAGGACUUGAAAAGGAGAAAAGUUUUCCCAGUGGUCUGAGGUUUUAGAUGCCAUGUUCACUAGAAGGAGUGGGUUUUCUCUUCUCGAAACCAAUUAAUUCCUGAGAUAUCCUGGUCUGUCUGCAGCAAACAGAGAGUUAACAGCAUCACUACAUCAUUUGCUAUUGGCAAAAUUUUCAAAGAUGGUGUGCCUCUAUAGCCCACCUCGGUUUAUCUUAGGUCUAUAAUUUCUUUUCAUUUGGAGUAAGUAGUCAGCAAUUGAAAGAGGUGAUUACUUCUCAUAAUGUGUGCAUUGAGUUGUGUGGGCCGGUGGCUGUUAAGUAUGCUUUCCCCACGUUGUUGCUGGUGUUGUUUUUCAAUAAAAUUUAUAUUCAUUUUUAUCCAA